ACCUACAAGACUCCCUCUCUAGCUCUGAAACUGGGUCACAGCUUGAACAAGUGUGCAAAGAUUUGUGAAUGUGAAGCUAUAGAGUCUGGUGAUACUCGAAAACAAAAAGAGUCAAAGUCUUUCCAGAAACUGAUGAUUAUAAACUGGGCAGAGAAAAUGUCAACUCAUGCACUCAGAACUUUAUAUGAUUUAAAAAGAAACAAAGUUAAAAUCCUGCCCCUGUUCACCUUCUGUCAAAUUAUCUAAAGGAGGAGGGAAGGCAAGCUGCUACUGCCUUGAUGGCAUGUGCAUCACAGUCAGCAUGGAGUACCCUUAGAGAUGUAGUUUUGACUCGUGUCAUUCUGUUUAACCGACGUCGACAAGGUGAAGUUUCUCACAUGACAAUUGAAGUUUAUGCGAAAAUACAAACAGCUGGUCAAGAUGGAUUUGUAAUGGAUCACUUGUCUGAUUUGGAGAAGGAGCUCAGUCAGCAUUUCUGCUGUGUAGAAGUUCGAGGAAAGCGUGGGAUGACUGUGCCUGUGCUCAUGAACAAGGAGACCAAAGAAUGGCCAGACAUAUUGAUGUCUUGCAGGCAUGAUGCUGGAAUUAAAGAUGAUAAUGCAUAUGUCUUUGCUCGUACACACUAUGGAUCUCAUGAGUACGUCAGAUGUUCAGAUUGUCUGAGAGCUAUGAGCGAGAACUGUGGUGCAAAGGAACCACAUCUACUUAGAUCAACACAACUCAGAAAGCAGAUUGCUACAAUGAGCCAAAUACUGAAUUUGAAGGACCAUGAGCUUGAUUACUUAGCACGGUACCUGGGGCAUGACAUCAGGGUACAUCGAGAAUAUUAUCGUCUUCCUGAUCAGACACUUCAAGUAGCCAAGAUCUCUAAACUUUUGCUAGCCACGGAACAAGGAGGUGUUGGUUUGAAGGCAGGACAACAGUUGGAUGACAUCGUUAUAGAUCCUGAAGAAGAACUAGUUGUGGAUUCUGAAGAUUUCAACAAUGAGGAUACUGACACACAGCAAGAACCUCUCGGAGUUCGAGUUCCAGAGUUGAAUUCUGAAAAUAUUGAUGUCAACAGUGUUGAAGCACAACUAGAACCUUUGGUUCCAGUCAUCAUAAAGAUUGUAGAGCAGACACCCAAUGACAUGUCACCAAAAUCCGUGCCUAGACACAAACGAGUAGCUUGGUCUUCUGCUGAAACAAGCUGUGCUGACACAGUUCGCUACUAAUAUAGCGAUGAAGGCGUUACCAGGAAAGAGACAAAUUGAAGAAGUAUUGUUUUCAGAACCAGUUUUAGCACAUCAUUCUUGGAAAAAUGUAAAGGA